AUGGUUCGAGUCAAGGAGCGUUAUCUUCUCAUCAAUAUCCUCUAUCCAGAGGGCGCUCGCGAUCCGUCCAGAUCAAACCUGCCUGACAUUCUGAUCUACAACCAACCGACUACAGAUGCAUUCACGGCCCGGACAUUCAUGCACGCUAUCAAGGCGGAGAUCACAACCUUCUUUGGAGACUAUGGCGCUGGAGCCGUUGAGCGUACUAUGAGAAUCAAGUACCUGUCGAACGCCACAUCGACGUGCAUCCUGCAGUGCUCUCGGGACCACUACCGGCUGGUCUGGGCAGCUCUGACCAUGAUGGACCGGGUGCCGACCAAGCGUGGCCCCGGCAGUCCAUGUGUCUUUCAGGUAGUGCGUGUAAGCGGGACUAUCAAGAAGGUUGAGCAGGAAGCCGUCCGCAGG